GAAAAGUACACAAAUAUCUCUAGACUCAAACUCUACCUAGUCUCUGGUUCUUUUUCAUGGCUGACGUUCAAAGGAGCAAAUCGCAGUCAUGAAGUUGAACGUCUCGUUCCCGGCGACGGGAUGCCAGAAGUUAUUCGAGGUGGUGGAUGAGCACAAGCUCCGCAUCUUCUACGAGAAGCGGAUGGGUGCGGAGGUCGAAGCCGACCAGCUAGGAGACGAAUGGAAGGGGUACGUCCUCCGCGUCGCCGGUGGCAACGACAAGCAAGGUUUCCCCAUGAAGCAAGGUGUUCUGACCAAUAGCCGUGUGCGUCUGCUCAUGUCAAAGGGCCACUCAUGCUACAGACCCCGCCGUGACGGUGAAAGGAAGCGUAAGUCAGUCCGUGGGUGCAUCGUUGAUGCUAACCUGUCUGUACUGGCCCUCGUCAUUGUCCGCAAAGGUGCACAGGAAAUCCCUGGCCUGACCGACGGCAACGUUCCCCGCCGUCUAGGUCCCAAGCGUGCGUCCAAAAUCCGCAAGCUGUUCAAUCUGUCUAAGGAGGAUGAUGUCCGUCGCUACGUAGUCAAACGCCUCCUGCCCGCUAAGGAAGGCAAGGAGAAUGCCAAGCCCAGAUAUAAGGCCCCCAAGAUCCAGAGGCUAGUGACGCCUGUGGUCCUGCAGCGUAGACGCCACCGCCUGGCGCUCAAGAAGAAGCGCAUGCAGAAACGCAAGGCCUCCGAAGCCGAAUACGCUAAGCUGCUCGCCCAGAGGAAGAAGGAGUCCAAGGUCCGCCGACAAGAAGAGAUCAAACGUAGGCGUUCAGCGUCGAUGCGCGACUCAAAGAGUUCCAACCAGAGUGCGCCUCAAAAGUGAUGAGACUCAAAUAAAAAACGUUAAAAAUUAAA